UGUCUCAGGGCGGAAACGUAUUCCUCAUUCGCUCAACAUGACGCUCGUGUAUGUACUACUAUGCCUUCUGUGCUUCCACAGCGGGACCGAGGCGAACUCCGCGCAUUUGCCGAGGAUGAUAUUCACAGACAAAGAGACCAGAGUUCAAAGGUUACCGUUAACUGGACAAAAUGCUCCGGUACAGAUGCUCAUGGAAGGACCGUCUGACACAGUCAUAGCGGCUACACUAACAAACAUGAACUCGUACGACUUCCACAAGACUCCUGUGGAAAGUACGACGUUGUGGAAUUGCGCUUACGCCGAUUCGAGCGAGGUCUGCAGCUACAACUUGACUGUGGUCCUCAAGAUGGAUGCCAACCGUAUGUUCAUGUGUGGGACCAAUAGCAUCGAGAAGGAGUCGCUGUGCUGUGAAACAGAUUUUUCAUCACCGUUACCUUCGUGCAGCCGUACCAACAAACUGCAGGGCAUACAUGACACCAUCAGGUUAUUUCACAUCAAGAAAGGUGAACCAUCUGCCUUUGAUGAUAAAGGAGACAGUGCAGACCUCUACAUUACACACUCUCGAUCCCGAAACUAUCUUAUCGAUGGCAUUUACAAAUUUGGGAAAAGGAGCAUUAAACCAUAUAACGAUGGUAAAGAAAAACACUACAUGGGCAUGAUUCUCAGUAAACGGACAGAUAAUUUACAGAGCCGAGUCUAUGCCCUCUAUAAAGAGAAAAACCAAGACCCAAAUGUGUUCAGUGGCAUGUGGCUCCCCUUUGUGUCCCAGGUUUGCACGUCAGAUCUUGGCGGCCCCAAGAAUUUUCUGCAGAACACAUGGACGUCCCACAUGAAGGCCAAGCUCUUCUGUGGAGACGUGAAGACCAAACAGCAUUUUUCUGAGAUGGUAGAUGUGUCCAUCAUACAUGCAGACAGCUGGCAGGACACCAGGAUUUAUGGACUUUUCAGAAACGAAUGGGGCAUGAGUGCCUUGUGUGUCUUCACCGUACGGGACAUUGACCUCGUCUUCACAACCUCCCCGUUUAAAGGCCUAGCCCCGGACUCUGGCAGGUCUAGGGCGUGUCUUGCAGACAGCAGAGUGCUUUCUACUCAUGUCCUGAAAUUGAACGUGGAUCAUUCAGAGAUGGAGCUGUCGGUUCGACCUGUGAACAACGCUGGACCGCUGUUUUUAAAUCACCACAACUACACGCACGUCUACGCUGACAGCACCCAGCAGGACGGCAAGGAUCCCCACACAGUUAUCUUUCUGUCUCUGAGUAAUGGAGGGAUUCAUAAAGUGAUACAGACUGAAAGUCUGACCUUUUUCGUCGCCGAGUAUCGCCCCUUCACCCACCAGGCCCACAUCCACAACUUUAUCUUCCUGCCUUCCACCAGGAAGCUUUACGUUUAUGCGGGAAGUGAACUGGUCCAACUGGAUGUGGAAAACUGUGCCACGUAUGGAGACAGUUGUGAGCACUGUGUUUUAGCCAGAGAUCCUCACUGCGGCUGGAGCGGCGCUCACUGUUCCCCGUGGAAGACUGGCACGCUGCAGGACCUGACCACAGGGAACUUCACAAUCUGCCCAAGUAAACCUAAGUCAGAUGCAGUAGCAGGUGAGAACACGAUCACACUUCCUGACAAGUCCAGGUACUUCCUGCAGUGUCCGGUGGAAUCCCAUCAUGCCAUGUAUAGUUGGCAUCACCAGCACAACUCCACACUGUGCUCGUCAAAGGUCCAGGACUGUGUGCUCCUCCUCGACAGCAUGAGUCCUGAGAAGGAGGGAGUCUACACAUGUGUGUCAGAGGAGUCGGGCUACGUUAAAGUGCAGGCACAGUAUCAUCUGCAGCUGGAGAUCCCGGCCGGGGGUCCAUCGUUAAGGCCACUGCUCUGGGGUUGUCUGAUGACUGCGCUGAUUACGUGUCUGUCAUCUUGGUCCUGAUAUGACGCCAGUGAAAAAAGAGAAUUAGCGACAUCUAAUGGUGAAAUUAUGAUUAUUUGUUUGUUUUAACCUGUCCUGCCCAGUACCCAGGACAUGUAAUAUAGUUGACUGCAUGCCUUGUGGUGUCGGACAG